GGGACUUUAUUUGGAGAAAGGGGACAGGAAAUGACCGCCAGCUAGUGAGCCUUGAGCCGAAUCUCCUCAGCAUUCCAUGCCUGGUCUCACUCAAUGAAAAGCAUCCCCUUGGCCUGCCCCAGGCGCCUCUACUCUUGGGCAACAACUACGAGGAAAGCGGUCAUUCCUCGCCAUUGAUGCCACUGAGUAUAUUCCACUUCUGCUGAGUCGAGGCCCAUGCCCUCCUUGCAGCUGUCCUAGAACUGGCAGGAGGGGAACAUGGAGGAGACAAGCCUGAGGAAUCGGAGAGAAGAUGAGAAGUCCAUCCGGAGUAUCCAGAGUAAGGAACCCAAGACCACGAGUCUCCAGAAGGAGGUGGGCCUGCUCAGCGGCAUCUGCAUCAUCGUGGGCACCAUCAUCGGCUCUGGGAUCUUCAUCUCCCCCAAGUCUGUGCUCAGCAACACGGAAACCGUGGGGCCCUGUCUCAUCAUAUGGGCAGCCUGUGGGGUCCUCGCAACACUGGGUGCUCUGUGCUUUGCAGAGCUUGGCACGAUGAUCACCAAGUCAGGGGGCGAGUACCCUUACCUGAUGGAGGCCUUCGGGCCCAUCCCUGCCUACCUCUUCUCCUGGACCAGCCUGUUCGUCAUAAAGCCCACAUCCUUUGCCAUCAUCUGCCUCAGCUUUUCGGAGUAUGUCUGUGCGCCCUUCUAUUCGGGCUGCAAUCCCCCUCCGGUUGUCGUGAAAUGCCUGGCUGCCGCUGCCAUCUUGCUCAUCACCACGGUGAACUCGCUGAGCGUGCGGCUGGGGAGCUACGUCCAGAACGUGUUCACGGGGGCCAAGCUGGUGAUCGUGGCCAUCAUCAUCAUCAGCGGGCUGGUCCUCCUGGCCCAAGGGAACACAAGGAAUUUUGAGAAUUCUUUUGAGGGCACAAAACUGUCUGUGGGAGCCAUCAGUCUGGCAUUUUAUAAUGGACUCUGGGCGUACGAUGGAUGGAAUCAACUCAAUUACAUCACGGAAGAACUUAGAAACCCUUUCAGAAACCUGCCCUUGGCCAUCAUCAUCGGGAUCCCACUGGUGACAGGCUGCUACAUCCUCAUGAACGUUUCCUACUUCACCGUGAUGACUCCUACCGAGCUCCUGCAGUCCCAGGCAGUGGCCGUGACGUUCGGCGACCGCGUUCUCUACCCGGCCUCUUGGGUGGUUCCGCUGUUCGUGGCCUUUUCCACCAUCGGUGCCGCCAACGGGACUUGCUUUACAGCAGGCAGACUUGUGUACGUGGCGGGCCGGGAAGGCCACAUGCUUAAAGUGCUCUCCUACAUCAGCGUCAGGCGCCUGACUCCAGCCCCUGCCAUCAUCUUUUAUGGCAUCAUAGCAACUAUUUAUAUCAUCCCUGGUGACAUAAACUCAUUGGUCAAUUACUUCAGUUUUGCUGCAUGGCUGUUUUAUGGCCUGACGAUUCUGGGAUUGGUUGUCAUGAGGUUUACAAAGAAAGACCUGGAAAGGCCUAUCAAGGUGCCCAUUUUCAUCCCCAUCUUGGUGACUCUCGUCUCCGUGUUUUUGGUUUUGGCCCCAAUCAUCAGCGAACCCGCGUGGGAAUAUCUCUACUGUGUGUUAUUUAUACUGAGCGGCCUUAUAUUUUACUUCCUUUUUGUCCACUAUAAGUUUGGAUGGGCUCAGAAAAUCUUAAAGCCCGUCACCAUGCACCUUCAGAUGCUGAUGGAGGUUGUGCCGCCGGAGGAAGCUCCAGAGUAGCAAGCCCGGCCUCCCGGAGCCAAGUCCAAGCUGCGACGGAUUUAUUUGUAUUCUUAACACACUGAAGUACAGAUGUUUUACUGCCCACCCUCGCCGCUCCCAGAAGUACCGCACCCCCGUGUCCGAGGCAGGUCUAUCCCAGGCUGAAUGUCGAGGCCCCCACUGCAAGACGGACCAUCCAGAACCAUCCGCAGCCUGGUGCCCAGAACAGGCCCCACCUCAGCCCUCACAGACACUCUGGUCAAACCAGAAAGGGUGAUGAAUACAAUUCUAGUUUGCAUUCGGCACUCAGGGAAAACACUGUCUAAAAAAACGUAAA